CCUGAAGCCCAUCCUCUGACCCACUGCUGGAGAACAGCGCUGGCCAGUCACAGGCAGAAGUCAGGACAAACAAAAGGCUGUUUGUACAGCAUCUCCCAUCAGCCCUCCCUCUCUCUUCUCAUCCCCACCAGCUCUAGCUCUCUCUGGGUACAUCUAAAAGGAUACAGCUGCCAAGAAAGUGGAAGGGAGUGAACCAGAAGAUAAAGGCAAAGUGGCCAGGAAGGCAAGGACACACACCCAGACAUUUUCCCCCGGUUUGGGAGCAAUCGAUACAAUCAUUUACACCACCGAGAAAACACAGCCAGCUCAAAGCAAUUUUCUCAAGGUGAGAGGCCAAAGAAACAACAAAAUUGCCAGCAUCAGAAGCCUCAAUUCCCAAUGAAAGGAUUCCCAAGGUUGUACAGAAAGUAAUGAAUAUCAAUUCUGCUGCAAUAUUAUUUACCUCCUAGGAGAAAACUCUCCAGCACUCAGGCUCAAGUGUCCAAAACUUCACAGGGAAGAAAAAUGCAAGGCAGAAAGCAAAUCAGGGAAAGAGGUCUGUUCAGCCGCAAUUCCUGUGUCACGUACCUCAUUUCUCUUUAGCACCCUGCAGCGGGAAGCUUGGCAAAAAUGAAGAUGGUCUUGGUGCUGCUGCUGCUGAGCACUCUCCUGGGCACCCCCGCGGUGCCUUCCCAGCGCCCUUCCUGUUACAAGAGGGCCCUCAAGGAGCACAGCUGCCACACCAUCCCCGAAGGCCAGGAGAACCUCCGACACGUCGACGACGGUCUGCAAGAUCACUUUUGGGAAGGGAAGGGCUGUGAGGUGAUCUGUUACUGCAACUUGAAUGAAUUGCUCUGCUGCCCAAAGGAUAUUUUCUUUGGACCAAAGAUAUCUUUCGUGAUCCCCUGCAACACUCAAUGAUUUAAGUCUGCAAGCGAAGAUAACAGACAUCAUUCUACGAUCAUGUAAAAAUGUUUCCAAGGGGAAAAACAAAACUACCACCAACAAAAAAAACUUCCUUUCUAACCACAAGUGACUGCCUCACUUUACACUGUAGAAAGAAUUUCCUUUCUAUACCUUUAUGGAAUAUCAAAUACAUAAGUUUUCUUUUCAAAUCUGGUGGCUGACCUAAUUCCAUAAAGCCAUUUCCAUGGUUUAACAGACUGUACAAGCUCUUAAUGUAUCAUAAUAUGCAUCCCCCAGCAAAAAGCAUAACUCUUCUUACUCAGCACAAUAUCCUUAACUAGUUUGGACAAAGAAACUUCAAGCCUAAACCUUCAUGUUGUUAGGAACAUGACUCUCAUAGCAACUUAUAGCAGCGCAGCUUCCUACAGCAUUAUUGCCAUCACACUUUUAAGGCUGUUUUAAGCUGAAGGCAUUCAGUCAUUGGCACUUUUGCAGACAGGCUACCGUGUUCUAUUUAGCCAUCUUAAAAUACAUGCACAUACAAAAGGCAUGUAUUUCCAUAUUUGAAGGUAUUUUACUGGAAUAAAAAAAAAGUAAAACUGACAGUACAAAAGCACACUUAGAUCUUAUAAUUAUAUGUCUAACUGGUCACCUGCCUUGACUAUGCAAUUUGUAAACCCUUAAACUGCUUAAUCUUAACACUGAACAUUUUAAAUAUCAGAACAGCAGAUACUUUAAUCAAGCUUUGUUUGAAAUACAGUACCCCAAAAUUAA